AUGCGCCACGUGCUACUAUGGACAGCUCUCCUGAUGGGUCUCAAAGCGUUGGCAGCAGCAAACUCUAUCAGCGUCUCUCCAGGUCAAAUGCACGCUCCAUCGCUGCGGUUGUUAAGGAGCGACACGCAACCAGGCGAUGAAGCAAGGCUAGCUAUAAACUUUUCUGGCGCUAACAAGCUUCUGGACCCAGUCAAAAGGACAGGGAACAAGAUCACAGGAGCAAUUAAGGCUGAGACUUUGCGUUUCAAAGGAAUUCCGGCGGAUGACGUCUUCGUGCUGCUGAAACUUGACCAGGCCGGUGAUAAGAUCCUGGAGAACAAACAAUUCGGCACAUGGGUCUCCUAUAUGACCAAGACCAACAAAAAGUACCCCGAAGUGGCUAUGGUUGCUAAGUUGACAACUGUCUACGGUGACGAAGUGUUGGCAAAGAUACUCCAAGCAGGUGUAAAAGUUAAAAGCACAAACUCAAUCGCGAGAAAGCUGCAGUUUAUCCAGAUGACAGGCUGGAUGCAGCAGACAAACUCUAUAGACGACAUAUUCAGACUGCUGAAACUCGACGAAGGGAUGGAGAAGCUUCUUACGAGCCCGAAUUUAAACAUCCUGGAAAGAUACAUAGAGGUAUACAACAAGUUCAAUGGAGUGAAGCGGACAAGUCUUAUUAAGGAAAUGAUGAGAUUCUACGAACAAAAAGCCGUAUCAACGGCGCUCGAGGCGGCAAAGAAGAAUCCAAGUACGAAUGCACUGGCAACUGAACUGCAAGCUGCGCAGUUCAGACAGUGGUUCGCAGAUGGAGUUAAACCGCCCAAGAUUUGGAAAAUGCUGGAGAUGAAGAAAUCAACUUGGACGUUGAACCCAGAUGCUCAAGUUUGGCGAGAUUAUAAUGCAUACUACUGGUUACAAAAGAAGACCGCUGAGGCCGCGAAAUCUUGAUCUACGGAGAUUCGGAGAUUAACUUCGUUUUCGCUACUAUAUGUACAAAAGCUAGUAGAAUGCUAA